AUGGAUGUCGGAGAUGAGGGAUAUAUUUUCAUCAAGAGCAAGACUGGUCAGAAUUUCGCAUGCAAAAUGCCAAAAGCCCAAGCUCCCGAGAAAGUCCAGGCAGAGAGCUAUAAUCCCAAGUACUUGGCUGAAUUGGUUUCAGCCAGCUUCUAUGUGAAGAACUGCAUCAGCAAGGAUAACGGCUGGUGGAGUUACAAGUUGUGUAGAGGAAAAGAUGUGAAACAGUGGCACGGAGCAAAAAACGAAGCCCAACAAAUCACCAAUUCUCUUGGUUUCUUUCUUGGAAAGUAUGACGUUCCACAUUAUCAGACGUCCACGCCUGAACGGCUAAUGUAUCUUGAAGAGCACUACGAAGGUGGAACCCUAUGCGAUCUUCCCGACAAAAAAUCACAACAAAAGAGAACGCGCCAUUAUGGUGAGACAUUUUACCUGUACAAAUCAUGUUAG